AUGCAGUUCGUGGGCCCACAGAUGAUGAUUCCUCCGGACCAAGAGCUGCUGGUCUGGUAUGGGAACUCCCAUAACACUUUCCUGGGCAUCCCGGGUGUGCCAGGGCUGGAAGAGGAGCAGAAGAAGAACAAGCAUGAGGACUUCCACGCGGUGGAGACGGGGGCCAGCACAACGGGACGCAUGCGCUGCGUCAUCUGCCACCGCGGCUUCAACUCCCGCAGCAACCUGCGCUCCCACAUGCGCAUCCACACGCUGGACAAGCCCUUCGUGUGCCGCUUCUGCAACCGCCGCUUCAGCCAGUCCUCCACGCUCCGCAACCACGUCCGCCUGCACACCGGCGAGCGGCCCUACAAGUGCCAGGUUUGCCAAAGUGCCUAUUCCCAGCUCGCGGGGCUGCGGGCGCACCAGAAGAGCGCUCGCCAUCGGCCCCCCAACACCUCCCUGCAGGCUCACUCGCCGGCACUGCCCGUGCCCCAUCCUGCUUCUCUGGCCCAUCACAUCCCCACCAUGGUGCUGUGA